AUGUGCAGACCUACGAUUAACAAUGAACACGCAUUCCAAGCCCAAACUAACCUAAUCGAGAAGCUUGGUGGAAGAAGUGAAAUGAGCUUCCUCCUCAUGAACCUUUGCGAAAGCAUCAAAGAGGAUGCCGAUUUGAAAAUGGUGUUCAGCCACAUGAGCAUGAAGCGAUUGUCAAGUGUCAUGUACAGCCUUAUUGAGUGUGCCUUGGAAAACAAUUUGGUUGACAGUGAUGCGCGUCUUCGUAUCAUUAUGAACAACUACGCCAUCUUCGAGCUCGGUAUCAACUCAAGACAAUUCAAGAAACUCAAGUCCCACUUUGAGAUUGCUCUACAAGGCUCCUGGGUUGAAGAAGAUGUCCUUGAGGAAUGCACGCAGCGAUUUGCAGCCUUGCGAUUAGUCUUUGAAGAAGAAGGAAAACACUUCGAGCACACCGCAAAAGUAAACCGAGUCUUGGCGGCUCAACUAGUGGUCUGA